CUGGCAAGGAGAGAAACUUGGUUUAUUCGCUUUGCUGGGCAGUAUGGCUGGACGCCUUUUGGGUGAUGGUCGCUCACCUGGGCUACUACGCAUGUCUCACGGCAAGAACCAUCAUAUUAGAGAGUCUCAUCGCGGGCACCGAGAGCCUGUCAGCCGCGGUGCUUCUGUUCGUGGCCACCUGUGUCGGAGAGGCCGUGUUCACGUGCUACAUGAACCACUUGUGCUCUGCAUUCAGCGAGCGCUUUCAGGUGCUCAUGCAAGGGGCCGUCUUCGCAAGGAUGCUGCGACAUUCGCCGUGUGCCCGCAAGGCGAAUCCUCCGGGCUACGUGAUGUCUGUCUUCGGCGUAGACUGCACGACGCUCUCUUUUGCCGUCACGCUGAUCCCGAUGCCAGCAGCUGGUCUCGUAGUCAUGCCAGUCAUAUUCUACAUGCUUGUCCGGCGCGUGGGCAUCGAAGCCGCCAUGGCUUGCGCCAUCUGGCUUCUACUAACCACGGCCGCUCUCGGAUUCUUCCUCGCAAGACUUCGUGCUGUUGAGCGGGAGAGCCUGAAAAAGCGUGAUGAACGACUGAAGCGAAUGCUGGAGCUCUUGAACUCAAUACGCACCGUCAAGAUGUACGCGUGGGAACGUAAUCACGCCAAGGUUCUAGAAGCACUCAGGGCCGACGAGCUGCGUUGUGUCUUGAAGGUUGACAUCAUCAGCGGAGUUCUCGAGGCAUUUACCGGCGCUGCUGGCUCUCUGCUAACAAUACUUAUGUAUGCCACUCUAUGGCUAAUACAACCUGCAAGAAUGCUGAGUGCUUCAGAAUCCUUCUCCAGCGUCUACCUUCUGUCCCUCGUUGAAGCUUUCCUGAACAGCCUCCCUCUUCUCAUGAUCAUGACUAACAGGACUGUUCGCGCUGCAAAGUGA